AUGCCCGAGCAAGAGUACCUGCCACACCCACAAGAACCCCUUUUUUCUGCCCAGGAUGACUAUGACCUAGACUGUGCUGAACGAGGCGUACCUCUCGCACAGCUUGCUAAUGAGGAGACACCAGAGCGUCUCGAGGCUGGUGUCUCGAUUGGACUGAAGGUAUUAUCAGAACUUGAGUCGGCCAUGAAAAAGCUCGGCGCCAACGAAGACGCUACAGCUUACCUAAAUCUCAUCGACCGAACUCGCAAGGAGGCAGUCCAAACACGCACUGUUGUCGGCGUGGUUGGUAAUACAGGGGCAGGUAAAAGCAGCGUCAUUAAUGCUCUACUAGACGAAGAAAGGCUCGUGCCGACCAAUUGCAUGCGCGCAUGUACAGCAGUCGUGACUGAGCUGUCGUACAACCACUCCAGUAACGAGGCAGCCAAAUAUCGCGCCGAAAUCGAGUUUAUCAAGCCCGAAGAGUGGCGCAAGGAACUCAACGUCCUAUUCAAAGAGGUAUUUGACGACGAAGGGCGUAUCAGCAAAGAAGUCUCGAAUCCGGACUCGGAGGCAGGCGUGGCUUACGCCAAGAUGCGGUCGGUUUACAAUAAGAAGACGCGCGAGAUGCUUUCCAACAGCUCCGUUCAGACUCUGAUGAACGACAAGAAAGUGAGAUCCGUACUAGGCACGACCCGCAAGAUCAACGCCCGCGAUCCGUCAACUUUCUACAAAAGCCUCCAGAGGAUAAUCGACUCGAAGGAGAAGGGUCAGGAGAAACUCGACAAGAACGGCAACAUCAAUCACAACGUAAAGCGCGAGUUCGAGCAUUGGCCCUUGAUCAAAGUCGUGAAGAUCUACUUGAAGGCCCCUGCACUUUCUACUGGUGCCGUGAUUGUCGAUCUGCCUGGUGUCCAUGACAGCAAUGCUGCUCGGGCUGCUGUCGCAGAGGGCUACAUGAAGCAAUGUACCGGUCUAUGGAUUGUCGCUCCUAUCAACAGAGCUGUUGACGACAAAGCCGCUAAGACUCUACUUGGCGACACCUUCAAGCGACAACUCAAGUUCGAUGGAACAUACUCGGCUGUCUCAUUCAUCUGCUCGAAGACUGACGACAUUUCUCGCACAGAGGCUGCCGACAGCCUUCAGCUGGGUGAUCAAAUGACAGAGCUUGAUGCCAGACUGAAUCUUAUCGACGAGGAACGACGCAAGGUCAAACGCAAGAAAAAAGAGGCCGAGGAUCAUUUCGAGGACCAAGAAGCUGUUUACGAUGAAGUGGAUGGGAGCCUCGAGGUCUGGGAAGAGCUGAUGAGCCAGCUAGAGAACGGCAAGACAGUCUACGCCCCGCAACAAGACCGGAGCAAGAAGAGGAAGUUGUCUAGUUCAUCACCACCACCUCGAAAGCGACCUCACAGGGCAAUCGAUUCCGAUGACGAUACGGGGGAGGCUGUGGAGACUGCAUCAGACCCCGAGAGGCAAGCACUCACCGAGGAAGAUAUUGCUAAAAAGCUUGGCGAGUUGAAGCAGCUGAAGAAGGAAGCUCGGAACGCCAAGAAUGACGCUAAAGCACGAAUCGGCGACGUGGGCCACGAGCUGAAGCGUCUCGACGAAGAGGAAGACGAGCUCGAAGCGAAGAAGAGUGCGAUCUGUAUUGCCGGACGCAAUGAGUAUUCACGCGGCGCUAUUCGACUGGAUUUCGCAAAAGGCAUAAAAGAGCUCGACGAGGAAGAGGCCCAAGAUUCCGAUGACUUCAAUCCCGAAGAAGACCUUCGCGACUAUGACGAAGUUGCUCGAAGUCUGCCUGUCUUCUGCGUCAGCAGUCGUGCAUAUCAGAAACUCUCUGGUCGCAUGAAGAACGACAAUGCCGUGCCUGGCUUCACGCAGCUGUCCGAGACAGAGAUCCCGCAGCUUCAGGCGCACGCCAAAAAGCUCACGGUCAAAGGUCGCCAAGCAAAUUGUCGUCGCUUUCUCAACUCCCUCAAGCAGCUCAUGCUUUCGUUGGCUCUGUGGUCUUCUGAUGAUGGCACUGGAAACAACUUGACACUCCAACAGAGAGAUGUGGAAAAGACUUUCCUUUCUCGAAAGCUCAAGGAGCUCGAAGUCCACUUGGAUAAGGUGGUAGAGACCACGCUGAGCGAUGUAGCCGAAGAGAUGAGCGAGCAGCUGCUGGCCAAGCUGACGGGCUCGGCGGUCGACGCUGCAGUCAGGGCGGCAGGGCCAAAGGCUGAGAGUUGGGGCAUGCCGAAGCCUGACGGCGGUCUGCACUGGAGCACGUACCGAGCCACCGUCCGUCGCAACGGAAAUUAUGCAGGCUCGAGUGGCCCUCGCGACUUCAAUGCUGAGUUGGCUGAGCCGAUCUACAAACACCUCGCAUCGGCAUGGGAGAAGACCUUCCAAAGAAGGCUUCCUAGUAUCCUGCAGUCCUUCAAGAGAUCUGCUACCAGUGUAGUCAAGCAAUUUCACACAGCUGUCGAGACAAGAACGCGGGAGAGAGGUACAGGAGCAGCCCGUCUCAACCUCUUGGCCCAGCAGCUGGACCAAUACUCCGCCACUUUUGGCGAUCUCUGUUCCAAGGCCGUCACGAGCUUGAAUGAGGGCCAGAGAGACAUCAACCGCGAAUUUGUUCCUGCCAUCGCAGUGGCCAUGGAACCGGCGUACAAUGAAGCUUCCGAGGAGAAAGGUACUGGCUCGUUCAAGCGCAUGAAAGGCCGCGUGAAUGAUCACGUCACCACCUCCAAGCAGCAGAUGUUUCACUCUGCAGCAGAGCAGGUCCGUCGCAGCUUGCUCAAACUUUGUGGCACCAUCAAGGAGUCCAUGCUCUGCAAGGCGGAUGAAGUUUAUCUCGCCAUGCAGCGAGAUUAUACAUCAGUCCUGAGCGGCGUCAAUGUCGGGGACAUCCAGUUGUCACGCGAGGAGCGUGCCACUCGACGCGAGGUCGAUCAGCUCAUCACGGGGGCUGACGAGCACUUUGCAGAGGUAAUGCAGGGUGAGCUGGACGAGCUCAAAGACAAGUUCGAUGCACAGAUGCCCAUUGUCGAGAAGGAUCAGGAUGUCGCCGAUGAUCACAUGGAUGUCGACGAUUUCGAGGAUGUCGACAGCGAGAGCGAUGCCGAUGAGGACGAUGAUGGUUCUGAUGGCGCAGAAUCCGCUCAACUCGAGGAACAAGAGAUGGGAGGCGCGACUCCCACAGCAGACGAUACCUAA